AUGGGGCUGGUUCAGAAAUCUGAACUGCAAGAUUAUUGGUCGGUCGAGAGCAUCAUGAAAUCUACAUUUGCACCGGCCGUGAUGUCACGUGAACGCUUUAUGGGAAUUCUGUGGAUGUUACAUGUGGCUGAUAAUAGUACAUACGUAAGGAAAGGUGACGACGGCCAUGACCCACUAAAUAAAGUUCGACCUGUUCUCGAAAUGUUGCUUCAGAAAUUCGGAGAUAACAUGAAUCCUGGAAGGGAAAUAUCGCUCAAUGAGGGCACAUGUGGCUUCAAGGGCCGUGUCUCUUUUCGUGUCUACAAUCUUGACAAGCCCAGUAAAUGGGGAAUAAAGCUGCACGAGCUUUGUGAAGCCGAGUCUGGUUGCUGUUUCGAGUUCGAAGUAUUUACUGGCAUGGAGCGACAGCAGUCUCAGGAGAAAACAUUUGACUGUGUCAUGAAUAUAAUGCAACGGCAUCUUGACAAAGGUCAUGCUCUUUUUAUGGACAGAUAUUAUUCUAGCCCAAAACUUUAUGAUGAACUGUACAGAAGAGACACUUUCUACAGGGACAUGCCAAGCAAAUAG